AUGUUUUAUCCCCAAAUUAUUGUCUUUCUUCUAGUUGCAGCCGACAUGGCCCUUGGCGGGCUCAUCUCCAAUGGUUUUAUAGCUACAGUGAUUAUCAAAGAAUGGACCAAAUGCAGAAGCCUUGCUUCCAAUGAACAGCUCCUUCUGAGUCUGGGAAUAUCCAACAUUUGUGCCGUUAUUUUACAGACUGCAUCUACAAUUACUGAAUACAUGGUCAGCUUCAGAAACCAGUUAAUAUUGCCAGUAAUCUUCUUCUUUGCUUUCUUUGUGACUUUCUUCAGAUUCUGGCUCACUGCCUGGCUCUCUGUCUUCUAUUACAUCAAGAUUGUGAACAGCCCACAUUCCCUGUUCCUUUGGUGCAAAAUGAGGAUAUCAUGGCUAAUACACCGUCUUCUAAUUGGAUCUCUAGUCAUUUCCUUGCUCAUUUCCUUUCUAAUAUUCCAUAAGAUUCUUUUACAACUCCAGAGUGACAUAUCAGCCAACAUUACAAACAAGACUCAAGAAAAGACACUGAGAGCGACUAUUGGUUCUUCCAAAGUCUUAUUUUUAGUUACCGGAACUGUUUGUCCUUUUCUUGUGGUUUUAUUUUGCUCCAUCCUGUCUGUUGUGUUCCUCUGCAGACAUGUUCGCAGGAUGACAACUGAAAAGUCCAGUUUUAGAAGCCUCCAAACAGAAGCUCAUAUCAAGGCAGCUUGGACUGUGCUCUUCCUCUUAUUCGCUUAUGUACUCUUUUAUGUGGGGGAAACGUUGGUUCUAACCACAGAUUUGGGAGGAAAACAGAGCUUUGUUAUAUUCCUGAUCAUGCUGUAUUCUCCUGCUCAGGCUGCCAUCUUUGUGCUGGUUAAUCCCAAACUAAAGUGGGCAGCUACCCAAAUUCUUUUAAGAAUUUCUCAGAAACAAUGCAAGUGUACUGUUUGUUCACAUAUCUAA